UAUCUCACGAAAUUAGGUGUCUGUUACCUUGGACUGGUCGCCGUGUAAUGACACCCUGGGUUGCUGAGCAUAUACCUUAUUUCAUGGUUGUUUAUCACCUCUGAACAAACAACACAAGCCAUGCCGUUUAUGAAAGGAGCUGCGCCUGUUCGGCGAACACUGCAGUAUCUUCAGCGUGGGCAGCUUGUGUUCAAAGACACAGUGCAGAUUAUGACGGUUAAUUACAACACAGGACAGAAAGCAAGCAAAGGCGCAUAUGACUUCGUGUUCUGGCAUCUUGCCCAGAUCCAGUACAAGAACCCUUCUGUCCAGAUACAGACAUUCAAGAACAUGACACCAUCACCCUUCCUGCAGUUCUAUCUCAAUGGUGGGAGGAAGGUACUGGUCGACAUAGACAGUCAAGAUAAGGAUGACAUUCAUGAUCAUGUCAAACACAUUCUCUGCAAAUCAUCGGACACCCUGAGAGCUGAAGCUCUGGCUAAAGCAAAGACGUCCAACCCGGCCAACUUCGGCAUGAGUUCCUCAAGGCAGUGUAUAUGUGAGAUACCCGGACAGGUACCCUGCCCUGGAUGGGUACCGCUGAAGAAAGAACUGAGAGGAAAGUACAAGUUCCAGAAGAAGGAUGUGGAAGAAUCAUAACAGUAGUAGUUAAUGUAUGCGUAAUGUAUGCGUAAUGUAUGCGUGUGUAUGGAAGAUGUCAUCAUGGACAGAGAGGUACAGACAAUUAACGACCAGAAGAUGGAUAUGGAAUAUAGGAAGGACAGAAAGAUACAGAGAAUUAACGACCAGAAGAUGGAUAUGGAAUAUAGGAAGGACAGAAAGAUACAGAGAAUUAACGACCAGAAGAUGGAUAUGGAAUAUAGGAAGGACAGAAAGAUACAGAGAAUUAACGACCAGAAGAUGGAUAUGGAAUAUAGGAAGGAGGGCUGUAAUAGUGGUUUGACACCAGACCAGGGUUUGCUCCUAUGGUCCCAAUCUGCAAAGACCAUUUCUGGAAUAGUGCCUGUAUAUUGACAACAGCUGCAAAAACCUGCUUCAUUAAUAUUAAAUGAAUAUUAAAGUAAGAUGAUUUAAGACAUGUCAUUUUCAGGCUGUGCCAAAUUGUUUGUGACUUCUAGCUGAAACACUGUGAAUCGGUGUGAGAAACCUAUAGUCAGGGGUUCAAUCCUCACUCCUACUUGUGGGGUAGCCUAAUGGUUAAAGCGUCCACUCAUCAAACUGAAGACCCGGGUUCGAUUCCCCACAUGGGUACAAUGUGUGAAGCCCAUUUCUGGUGUCCCCCACCGCGAUAUUGCUGGAAUGUGGCUCGUAGGUUUCACUGAAGUGGCAAACUUCAACAUUCUGGGCAUUUCCCCAUAUCAACUGAUAACUGAAAUACUUUUCAAAGCAGUGCUAAUCUCAACUCACUUAUUGUAAAUUGUUUCUGUUUAGGAUUUUAAACACAGUAUGCAUUCUAAUCUAAUGCAGCAGACUGUGUGGCAGAGCAUCGAUAAUAGUUCCAAAGUACAACAAAUAUUGUUGUGUAGUAGAGUUGGUGGUGUCCAUCUUUGAGUGCUAGUCCUAAGGUGUGCCAAUGUUCAAUGUUAAGGUGACAGAUGUGUGCAGAGAGUAAAUUUGUAUUACACAGCCAUUUCUUUGUAGUGUAAUAAACUUAUAUCGUCAUUGACA